AUGUCAGCCACCGCCCGCCGCGAGGACCCCUUCAAGCCCGCCGCGCGCGUCGCUGGCCAGAAGCAAGAUGUGUGGUCCAUUGUCAACGAGGCCGCCGCUGCCUCGCCCAUCAAGCCCAUUGUCAACAUGGGCCAGGGCUUCUUUGGCUACAACCCCCCGCAGUUUGUCCUCGACGCCGCAAAGGCUGCCCUGGACCAGGUCGACUGCAACCAGUACUCGCCCACCAAAGGCCGCCCGCGCCUGAAGAAGGCCAUCGCCGACGCCUACUCGCCCUUCUUCGGCCGCACCCUCAACCCGGACACCGAGGUCACAAUCACCACGGGCGCAAACGAGGGCAUGCUGAGCGCCUUCAUGGGCUUCCUUGAAAAGGACGACGAGGUCAUCGUCUUCGAGCCCUUCUUCGACCAGUACAUCUCCAACAUCGAGAUGCCUGCUGGCAGGGUCGUCUACGUGCCCAUGCACCCGCCCAAGCACGGCGCCACCAAGACGACCUCGGCCGCAGAGUGGACACUCGACAUCAAAGAGCUCGAGGCCGCCAUCACCACCAAGACCCGCAUCAUCGUCCUCAACUCGCCCCACAACCCCAUCGGCAAGGUCUUCUCCAAGGACGAGCUCACCGCCAUCGGCGAGCUGUGCGUCAAGCACAACAUCAUCAUCCUGUCCGACGAAGUGUACGACCGCUUGUACUACGUCCCCUUCACCCGUGUCGCCACCCUCUCUCCCGAAAUCGCCAAGCUCACCCUCACCGUCGGCUCCGGCGGCAAGAACUUCUAUGCCACAGGCUGGCGCGUUGGGUGGCUGAUCGGCCCGGAGCACCUGAUCAAAUACGUCUCAGCUGCCCACACGCGCAUCUGCUACUCGUCCGUCUCGCCGCUGCAAGAAGCAACCGCGGUCGGCUUCGAGCAGGCCGACGCGCACAACUUCUGGGACGAAAGCAAAAAGGAAAUGAAGGCCAAGAUGGACAGGUUCACCGCCGUCUUCAACGAGCUCGAUCUGCCCUACUCGGACCCAGAGGGCGGCUACUUUGUGCUGGUCAACAUGGCCAAGGUCAAAUUACCAGAAGACUACGACUUCCCCCCACACGUCGCCGAGCGCCCGCGCGACUUCAAACUCUCCUGGUUCCUCAUCAAGGAGCUCGGCGUCGCCGCCAUCCCGCCCACCGAGUUCUUCACCCCAGGGAACGCGCACAUUGUCGAGGACUGGCUGCGGUUCGCCGUGUGCAAAAAUGACGACGUGCUGGACACGGCCAUGGAGCGCCUACGGGGGCUGAAGAAGUACAUCUCGGCGUCAUGA